GCGGGACGAUCACUGGUCUAGCCUGAUGACGUAUGACGUGCGACGUCCACACACCAGGCACGACCCCUGUCACCACAUCGCCAACCGCCUGCGUGGGCCAUGAUCCUGGGCUGGUGAUCGCAGAUGAGAUCACUGUGGGAUGACGAGCCGGUCGAGGGCCCUGUGAGAUACUCCAAUAUAUAUAGCUGCAGCGUACCAAUCCAUGGUCUUUAUUGAUCCUUUCAUACACUCCGUACCUACAUAACUUCCCUCUAAGCUUAUCGCAUCGCACAUUGAAUAUACGUCAAUAUGGCGAACGACAACAAGAACGCCGAGAGCAAGACCUACAGGCAGCAAGCCGGCGAUUACUACAACCGCCAGUACGACAACUGGGUCCCCUGGAUGGAGGACAAGUACCUUCAGUGGUUCACCAAGGACAACAAAGCGUCGUAUGCUACAAAACAGAACCUCGACAAAACAAAAGUAACAGGCGUCUCGCAAGUCGACAACCUCCAAGACGGCGUCCAUGGCAUGGUGUCGGGCCAGGUCGGCCAAGGCGGACUCCUGCAGCCUGUCGGCGACGCGCUGAGCAAGGAGGGCAUCAACCGCGCUGAGCGCGGCGGCAAGGACGACAAGGGGAAGCCGCUUGAGAGCCAGGGACCGCUGGGCGGGUACGGGCAGGGCGCUGUUGAUGGUGUCAAGGGCGGCGCUGGGGCGGUGGGGAGUGGUGUUGGUAAUGCGGGGAAGAGUGCUGGGGGUUAUCUUGGGGGGCUUUGGGGAGGGAAGAAGGAGGGUGAGGAGAAGAAGUAGGAGGGGGGUGAAGCAGGAGAACGACGGUGAGGGGUGUUGAGAUGAUACGUGAUACCACUUUGUUUACUUGCUAGGUCUUUUCUAGGAGCGAAUCGCAGUUAUUCUACUAUCGAGAUGACAACUGAUAAUAUCCUUGCCUAGUAGCUAUAUAAUGAUUCUGU